AUGAUCGAGAAUCAUGUGUUGCUAAACAAUUCUGCAAUGACCCUUCUAUGUCAGAUACCGGCACGACACACUGGUAUUGCAAGUUUUUGCAUACAACUUUUUGGUCUGAUAAUGAGUGCAGCCCUCACAACACAUCAAAUAUUUCAUCUCAACGGCAUAACUAUAAGCAGAAGCAUCAAACAACAAUCAAAGCAACCUGAAGCAACGCAUACAACGACUCUCAUCAAUGUGACAGCAAUGAGUAGAGCCGAAGUAAGCAAAGACAUGAACUUAAUAGAGAAAAUUAUUUGGGAUGGAAAUCACGCAUCAGAUAUGAAUGAAAAUGGUAGGACUGGUGGAAUAGAAUCUCAAUUAGACCUUACUGAAUUGAUACAGAUAUCAACAGACGUCUAUACCGGAAUGUGCAUUCUAUGGCUACUUUCGCUUAUGUCACUACUAGCAUCAAUUAAACUCGAAAGUUUGGAUUUAAUCAUCGUGAAUUCUGUGUUCCUAACCAUUGCCAUGAUUUAUGCAAUUACUCAUGCUCUCUUCAUCUCCAUAUUUUUCGUAUACCACAAGCAAGUAUCAUGGACCGCGCUUAUCAUUGCAAGUUUUGUUGUUCUCGGAUUUGCUUUAACUUCAGUUAUUUGUGGUUUCGCCCUUGCUUUCAAUAUCGCAUGGCAUAGAUAUGUUGUUUAUGUGAACGAUAAUGAUCAGUGUAUGUGCCUUACGACAAUUGCGCAUUUGUUCAAACGUCACCGACAACAACGACCAACACAAGGAUAUAGCAUCCCGGAAGUAACACGACAUUCCAAUUUACCACAUGAUAAUGAGUUAGCUAUCCACAAUUUCAGUACUUUAUAA